UGACGUAAUACGCGCAAAUGGUCACGCCAACGGGCCCGUGUGCAGGCGCAGGGAAGGAGAAAGCGAUGAAAUAAAGGGGGCCGCCGGCUUUGGGGUGUCAGGUUGACUCAGGGGGUUUGGUGUCAGGUCACAGCUGCGGUUGCUGCCUAAUAAACGAGUGUCUGUCCCCGUAUCGAUGAAAGCCUGGUAGUCUCGGGUUCUUGCCUCCCCCGCCCUCGAGUUUCAGGGCAGCUUGUUAUUUGUUUUCUGUUCCAGCUGCACGGAGCCGAGCGGCCUUGUCUCGGGCAGAAGGAAACGCUCUGCAUUUGUGGGGUGAAAAAUCGCGGCGACAUUCCCCAGAGAGAAGAGCUUGUUCGUUUCAUUCGCUGUCCGUCCGGUUUUUCUUCCUCCUCGAAACCACCCCCUCCCCUUCCCGGCCAAGCAGUAAUGGUAAAUGCAGUGUAAUAUUUAAGGAGAAAUAUGGGAAAUUGUUUGAAAUCUCCGACGUCUGAUGACAUUUCUUUGCUUCACGAGUCUUCUGACCGGGCGAGUUACGGAGAUGGCACCGAAAUAGACCAAGAGCCGCCGCCGCCAUAUCAGGAACAGGUUCCAGUUCCUGUUUAUCAUCCGACUCCAAGUCAGACUCGGCUGGCCACUCAACUUACUGAAGAAGAACAGAUCAGAAUAGCGCAAAGAAUAGGCCUCAUUCAGCACCUGCCCAAAGGGGUCUAUGACCCAGGAAGAGAUGGAUCAGAAAAGAAAAUUAGAGAGUGUGUUAUUUGUAUGAUGGACUUUGUUUAUGGUGAUCCAAUUAGGUUUCUUCCAUGCAUGCAUAUUUAUCACCUGGACUGUAUAGAUGACUGGCUGAUGCGAUCGUUCACAUGCCCGUCUUGUAUGGAACCAGUGGAUGCAGCAUUGCUUUCUUCCUAUGAAACCAACUGAGAAGCUUUGCAUCUGUGAUACCAUGGAAGAAAUAAAUCCUGAUCUCUACCACUGAGCCAAAGAGUCAGAGAUUUGGAGAACCCUGAUUGUAUGCGAUCAUGUACUAAGUACAACACUGACAAUAACUCAUGACUGCAGUUGUUUUAAAAAAAAAUUAUAUGCAUAUACCUAAAUGCUGUUAUUUAAAAUCUACAAAGCCCUGACCACAUGUUAUGAAUUUGAGUAAACAUUGAAGCAGUAGAUGGCCAUUAGUUUGGUCACACUAGGAUAGAAAUGGUUUUGAUGUGACAGGUGUUUCAAAAAGUUUGUAAAACAUGCUUACUUGUUAAAGAAAUGGUAUCCUCUUUGAAUUAAAGCUGUUUAUAGUGGUUUUAUAUUGGAUGCAUAAAGUAGUGAUUUUGCACUGAACCGUUAUCAGUGUCCCAUGCAGCAGAAUUCUCAGGAAUAAUGGGUGCUUACUUUCUCUUUUGGUAUAAAGCUCUCUGGGGAACAUUUUUUUUUAAACGAAAGAGCUCUUAAAUUAUACACCUGCUUUUUUAUUUGUACAUAUGCACAUACAGCUUAUCUGUCUGUGCAUAUGAAGAGGUGCCUGCUUGUAGAUUUUUAUGAAAUAGCUGGCAUUUUGGUGCUCUUUAGACCAGAAGAGCCUCUGCAAAGAUUGGCCUAAUGGGUUAUUAGUUUCCUUGACAAACUAAUAUUAUUGCUGUAUUUCUUUUGAUUAUGUGUUCAACUACAAUGAGAAAUGUAGGUCCAAAUUAUGAAGUAUAGGCUAUUUUAUUAACUUUAAGGAUACUAUUUCUGCAGUGCAGUGUGUUUAGUAUUUUGUAUUGGUUUGUUCCAACAGUAGUUCGAUGGUAUAUUAACAUUUUGGUCAAGGCUUUGUGUUUAGGAAAACUCUAGGUGCCAGUAUAAUGAUCCAUUUGUGCAGAAAAUUAAAACAUUUACUAUCUUAUUUUAAAAGAUCACGGCUUCAGUUCCAAUAUGUUUGUAGUACUGAAUUUGGGCUGAAGGAGAAUUUUGUAACACAGUAAUAACUCUCUUCAUCACCAAGCAAUUAUGCUGAAUCUGUUGAUCAUUUUCCUAAAGGAAAUAAGUUCUGUACAAAAUCCCUAGAGCACAUAAUAUACAACUGUAAUGGAUGUCCUUAAAAUUUUGAUACAAUAACUGAAUUUUAUUUUAAUUUUGCAGCUGAAUGAUUCAUUGGUUUUAUAGACAACCAAAGUUAUAAGACCAAUCAAAGUUCAAAUUGUGCACAGAUAGAAUUAUGGUAUUUACAAUGCAUUGUUUAUUUUGAUUAGCAUGUAUAAAGUCAUGAUACAAUUAAGUGAUUUAAUUGUUUGGCUUGAGUUGCAAGAACAAGAAACCACAGCGCUUGAGAACAUUAGUGAAUGAAUCGUAGCAUAAUCAAAUUCCAAUAGAUCUGUGUGAGAAAUAGAAAAUACAGUGGACUAUUUUAAGGGACAUUCUCUGAAAAUAUAUUUGCCAAGUACAUUGAGGAAUCGAGUCCAAAUGACAACAUUUUUAUGUAAUUUAUCAUUAUCUUUUUUAAGUUUGCAAACAUUUUUUCUUAAAUCCUGCCUCAAGUUACUGUAUAAAAUUAUGAAAUUUUGAAAUGAUAAACUUUAUAAUUGGACCUGGAGUUUUCCCUUUAAAAAAUCACACUAAUCUGUACACUGGCACAAAGUAGGAGUUUAAAGCUUUUUUGCACAGUUCUUUUCCAUUACAAAUGGAACUCAUGGCCUUAGGUCUUUUGAAAUGGUGUCUUGUUAAGAGUGAGACUAGCAUGGUGCUCAAAAAAAAUGAUCUAAUCAUAGCAAAUCAUUGCAAUGACUAUGUUUGAGAAUCAAGCAGUUCCAGUGGUGUGCAGAACUUCAAGUAAAGGCAGAGAUGCAUUUUCAAAAUUUAUCCAUUAAUAUUUUGCAUUAAAGUUUCUGGAUUUUUGAGUACUACAAUGUGACUUGCAGGAAUUCCAAACUAAUGGAAACUGCACAGAUGAAUAGUGAGGGGAAAUUAGUUUGUUCUAAGUAUCUAAAUGAUGUAGUUUGCAAAAUCAAAGGCAAGAUUAUAAAUCAGACAUUUUCCCCUGUUUCAUGAGGGACAAAUAUUGCAAUAGCUGUAUAGUUAAAAGCCGUUGGUUUUAAAUCGGUGAAAAGGAAGACCUGGAUUUGUGCAAUAUUUUAAUGGUGAAAACAUAGUAUUUACAGCUGUUUCUUUUAUGACCAUUCCACAGACUUUAACUGUACACCUUUACAGUAAUGUUUAAAUUUCAAUUAUUGUGCACAUUGAGGUGCAGGAAUAAGUGGGAGUAAUCACGAGUGUUGUGUGUGAAGCUAACAAUUUUUGAGUGUUCAUUUUAUUUAUGUGACAUUACACAUUUCGUUCAGCAAUGGUGAGUUGAAUAGACUUUUAGUGGUGGUAUGUUUCUAGGCACUUUCUGUUACCAGCAUAAACAAAGAUUUUGUUUUGAUAUAAUUGUAAGACCUUUAAUGCUCCAAGUCUGUAAUAAUUGGCUUGCCUCCUUGAAUAGCUCGGUGGCAGCAUGAUUUUAUAUUUCUUUCAUUUAUAAAUAGUAUGCUACUUUAAGGAAAUUAAUUGUGCAGUUCACUAGUGCUUUUGAUGUUGAAAUACCAAACAGGUUAAGUGUUAUUGCCCACUGUCCAAAAUUCUUUUCUUUUUAAUAUUGCUGAUAUCUAAGUAAUACCAUCCACACUAGAUUUUCACAUUUUUGUAACUCAACUGAGAUUUAAUAGUUCCUUAGUGGAAUCAUUUUUAAGUGUUGAGCUAUCUUGUAUUCUUCUGCCUUUUUCCCUUUGACCCCAUUGUGAUCAAACAGUAAUAAGAAUUUAAGAAUUUAAACCUACACCAUAAUUCUAAAAUGGCUCUGUAGAAGCACAUGAUCAUAGUUUUGAUCAUUUUGAUCUGCAGCAAUCCUUACAACAUUAAAAAUAAAAUUAAUUAAUCCCACUUUAUUUUGACACAUUGCUAUCAAUAACUCAAGUCCAAGAUUUUAAGUGUGAAGGAAAGUGAAACAAUAAGGCCACUUAUUGUUGUUUAAUGACAUUGGGGGAAAUGGUUUGGUGGGAGGGGGCAAAAGAAUUACUUUUUUAGCUUUCAAUUGUUACCUUUUUUACUUUUUACAAAAAGUCAAGCGGAUUAUGGCUGCCUACUACUGUAUAACUGUAUAGCCAUUAAUUUUAAUAAGUUUGCUUAAGACCUCGCUGAAUUUUGAUGGUGAAAAGGCUGAAAAUAUUUACAAAUAUGUCAAGUUUUAAGCAUUACAUUUGGUGGAAAAUUUAAAAUUCUCCUAAACAUGCAACAGUGAGUAAAUAUCCUGGCUAUACGGUGUAGGUAUAAAAUUUCUAUGCACAUUGUAGGCUAUUUUAUUGCAUUAUCUAUUCAAAUUUGCUGAGAAGUAGAAGGUUGUAAUGUCUUCAAGUUGUAUAACCAAUGUUAAAUUUUGCUCCAGUUUUAUUUAUUGGUAAUCAACUUGUCUUAAUAAAUAUUAUGCUUUUUCAUUGUU